AUGUUAAUCUCUGUUGCUCUGGGCCAGGUGUUAUCACUUCUUAUUUGUGGAAUUGGUUUGACUAGCAAGUACUUGUCAGAAGAUUUCCAUGCCAAUACGCCAGUCUUCCAGAGUUUCCUCAAUUACAUCCUUCUCUUCUUGGUCUAUACCACCACACUAGCCGUCAGACAAGGAGAAGAAAACCUUCUGGCAAUUUUACGACGAAGAUGGUGGAAGUAUAUGAUCCUGGGACUCAUAGACUUGGAAGCAAAUUACCUUGUGGUCAAAGCUUAUCAGUAUACAACUCUGACCAGUAUCCAGCUCCUGGACUGUUUUGUGAUCCCAGUUGUGAUUUUUCUCUCCUGGUUCUUCCUGCUGAUCCGGUACAAGGCUGUGCAUUUCAUUGGCAUCGUUGUCUGCAUCCUGGGAAUGGGCUGCAUGGCCGGAGCAGAUGUACUUGUGGGAAGGCAUCAAGGAGCAGGAGAAAACAAGCUUGUAGGAGACCUUCUGGUCUUAGGAGGAGCCACACUGUAUGGUAUCUCUAACGUCUGGGAAGAAUACAUAAUCCGAACCCUGAGCCGAGUGGAAUUCCUGGGAAUGAUUGGUCUCUUUGGUGCAUUUUUCAGUGGAAUUCAAUUAGCUAUUAUGGAGCAUAAGGAGCUGUUAAAGGUGCCCUGGGAUUGGCAAAUAGGACUGCUCUAUGUUGGCUUUAGUGCCUGCAUGUUUGGUCUCUACAGCUUUAUGCCAGUUGUCAUAAAGAAAACCAGUGCCACUUCCGUCAACCUCUCUCUGCUCACAGCAGAUUUGUACAGCCUGUUCUGUGGACUAUUUCUCUUCCACUACAAGUUUUCAGGACUCUAUCUCCUGUCUUUCUUCACCAUCCUCAUUGGGCUGGUGCUCUACUCUUCCACCUCCACAUACAUAGCCCAGGACCCCCGAGUGUACAAGCAGUUCCGCAAUCCUUCAGGACCUGUUGUGGACUUGCCAACCACAGCUCAAGUGGAGCCUGCAGUCACCUACACCAGCCUGGGCCAGGAGACUGAAGAGGAGCCCCAUGUUCGUGUGGCCUAGAAUGAGGCCACUCAGCCCACUGAGAACAGCUCAGUGGCCACGUGUUCGCUCAUCAUCUCUGUAUUGUACAUAGAGAAAGGUAUUUACUAGGUGCAGUUUACACAGGUGAACUGCGAGGUAGCAAAGCCUCUUAAAGCCUGCACCAGGAACAAGCUAAACAUCACUAGAGACACAGGCUCCAAUCCACCUGACUUGGAGAGAUGCCUAGCCAGUGUGUGUAUCCUCAUCACAACUCUCCUGCAUUAAUUACUGUGAAACUUUUUGAAUCAAAAACAAGUAUUGUCGUUAUUAUUAUUUGUAUUAUUAUUGUUACUAUUAUUACACCAAUUUUCAGGAGAGUGUUUUGUACUCCUGAUGGGAACUAUUGUCAGACCCACAUGUAGACCACAUAUAUCCCACUUUUCUAUGGCGAGUCACUUUUUAAGAAUCAUAUUUUAUUUUUUGCACAGACUAUCUGAGUGAUGCAUGCCACAGGAGCUCCACCCUUGAGAAGUUUCUUUAUCCUAGGGACCUGGUGGCUAAUGGUUUCCUCUGUUACCUGUUGGAUUGCCUGCUCAAUAAGUAUUUUGUGCUGUGACCCUUGUGGGGAGGGGCAACUGACCAUAUAAUUCUCUAUUCUAGGAAUAGAUAUAAAGCAAACAUUUUAGCCUUUUUAUAUUUCAAUCUCUGACUACUCCAGGACAUUGCCUUUCUGUUGCACCAUGUGAUCCUGCUAAUCAAGUCCCUGAAAUAACAGGGUAAGGACUAUUGCAUUUCUGUGGCUUAUGGGAAACCCCAGAAAUAAUAUUAUCUGUGUUUAGGGUUAUAUAGUUUUUAAAUCCUUCUGCCCCUCCCUCUCUUUAAAAAUGAUUUGUUUCAUUUCCCCCCUUUUUGUCUAGAUUUCUUGAAUGAUAUGAAAAUUAAGGCACUGAAAGUAGCCAUGACCCUCUGCCCUCUUAGUUGUGUGUCACCCGUUCUGAAAUACACCAGCGUGGAAAUGGUCUUUAUUGUGGAGUCUCAUUGGUUGUGCACCCUCUUAACAAAGUCAAGGUGCUGAUGUGGAGCUGUCUCUGAAAAUUGCUCAACUGAUCUGGUCAUUUUGUAAUGGCAAAGAUGUCACCAUUGAAAACGUCCUGCACCAUGCUCGUAUUUGGCAUCCAUCCAUUCAAUAGCAGAAUGUAUUAACAUAACAUUCUUCUGGAUUCAGAGAAUAUUACAGGGUCCUGAUAAGGCUUUGAGUGAUACAUCACUAGUCUAAUCCGUUGCCCUCAAAAUAGUCCUUUCUUCAAACACAGGAAAUUAAGAAACACCACAGCUUCUAUCAUUUAGAAUAGAUUUUACUUGCCACUAUGUGAAGUGCCCUUUGAGAUCGACCAACUUCAAUAUCAUUCAGACAGAUAGAUUCUCAAUGGAGUUACAGGGUUUGUAAAAGAAAAAUAAGUGUUGAUAAAGCUUUGGACAAUUCAAGUCAAUAUAUCUUAAGCAAGCAAGCAAGCAAAGCAAAACAUCAGUGGGGUCUCUAUAAAUUGAAAGGACAUAAUUGCAGUAUAGUCAGGACUCCCAGAGAGCCUGGCAGGCAAACAUAGCCUAGGCUGCUGGUCAACAAUGUAGCCUUUUCUGCCCUCCUUCUACACUGGACAGAUGGUCCCACCCUUGCACUGGGAUAAAAAAAAUCUCUGAUAUACAGAUUUUACAGUCAUCUCAGUUCAGCCCCCUUAGAAAUGUAUUUCAUUUUCUGUGGAGGGAAAAAAAAAAUCAAUAAAAAUAAAACUACAUCAAAUAGAAGCAAUUUUGCCAACAUCUGCUCUCUGCUACCUUUUCAACCAAUUAAAUACCUUUCUCUAAAUGUUUUGUCCAUUCAGAUUUGAAGACCUUUAAAGACUGUGGUUUUAUUUUUGUGUUUACAUUCCUUUGGUUUGCAUAAUUUGCUUGAUUUAUUGCAUUUUUAGUAUUUAUUUUAAGCCAAAUGUUUUCAUCUUUUGUUCAUUUUUAUGACACUCAUUUGUAGGCAUUUAGUAAAGUCUUAAGAGAAGUAGAUCAAACUAUGGUAUUAGAUUCAAAUAAAUACACUCAGUGGACUGGGAAUUUUUUUAAAACGUAAAUUUCAGAAUGGUUUGCAAUCAACACAUGGCUAAAAGUUGCCAUCUAAAUUAUUUUAUAGGAUAUUUGAAUUGACUCCAUUGUAUGGAAACCAAGUAUGAAUGUACAGAUGAACUCAUCGUAUCACCCAGCAUCCUGUACACAGAGUUUCAUGUUGCUGGAUUACCUUACUGUGUUGGGUUGUCUCCAUUUAGAAAGGUUGAUAACAUACGGAAUUAUCCAAGAUCAGGAGUUCUAGAUUGACCCUUUAGAAAAGCAAACAGUGAUUUUUUUUUUCUAUGUAAAAAUAUUGGUCCUUUGGGAAUGGGGCGGGGGGGACAUGAGAGCAGGAAAGUAUAAACUCUAGCUAUUUUAGUUUCUGAAAUUUCAUAACCUUAGUAGACACCAGCAAAAAUGUCAGCUUUUCAGUCCACCACCGAUCUCUCCUCAACAAGUGAGACUUGAGGAAUUUAUAAAGAAGUUGAAUGGGGCAGAGCAAACCCUAGCUCUCCUAAACCCCACUAGAGAAAAGUGGUGGUUCUCACCUUCUCAAUGAAAACGUGUACUGGGGACAGAGCUUGCCUUGGUCAGACCUUCCCACCAGCUUCAAACUCGGAAAUAUACAACCAGGUAGACUAAGCAAAGGAAAAUCGGCACCACCGUGUCCCAUGAAAAUGUCUCAGUGUUUAGUUUAGAUAUUGCUAACUUGUGUAUUAACCUUUUGACAAACGUGUAGUAUUGUUUUGGGUUUGAUUUUGAUUUGUAACCAUUUAGUAGUCCCCAGCUAGCUACCAGUACAGAGUUUACCCCAUGGGUAGGAUUCUGUUAUUAAGUCACAUAACAAAGCACACUAAUCUUGACACUGCAAAUGGAAAAUACAAACCAAAAAAGAAAUUUACACCGAUAAGUUGAACAAACUGUCCAUUUUUGAUAUUUGCAUGCUCCCCUCUGGACUGGCUGUGGCAAUGUAAUGCCUGUAUAAUG